CGUACCAAUUUCCUGAUGAAAUCAAAUCAAUUACACAAUAAUCAAAUUUUGGAAGAUAAGGAAAAAAGAAAAGGAGCGUGCAAAAAAAAGUCACAGUCGCGAGAUAAAAUCCGAAGCUAGCGAAAAGCUUCGAUUUCCAGCGAUCCUAGUGUUGGAUUCUACGAUUUUAGGGUUUAAAUCUUGAGAUGUGUUCGUUAUCAAUGCAAUUCUCGCUCUUGCAAUCACCACCAUCUCGUCCUUGUCCGUCUUUUUUAGCCAACCAUGAACCUAAACUCUCUACUACUUCCUCCUCUGUGACCUUCCCCUUGAAGACGAACACUUGGAAGUGUAGCGGAACUGGGAAUUUGUUGGUUUUGAGAGUUAAAGCUUAUGGUUCUUCUUCUGAUUCCUCUGCAGAUUCCUCCACGCCUCCCAAUGGCACUCGGCAGCCCAAAAGCAGAAGGGAUAUUCUACUGGAGUAUGUUCAGAAUGUGAAGCCAGAGUUCAUGGAGAUGUUCGUUAAACGUGCCCCUAAACAUGUGGUUGAAGCAAUGAGACAAACUGUGACGAAUAUGAUUGGAACGCUGCCACCGCAGUUUUUCGCCGUUACUGUCACCUCUGUUGCUGAGAACCUUGCACAGCUGAUGAUGAGCGUGUUGAUGACUGGAUAUAUGUUUAGAAACGCUCAAUAUCGUCUUGAAUUGCAACAAAGUUUGGAGCAGGUUGCUCUUCCUGAACCACGUGAUCAAAAGGGGGGUGAUGAAGACUAUGCACCAGGAACUCAAAAGAAUGUUUCUGGGGAAGUGAUCAGGUGGAAUAACGUAUCUGGCCCUGAGAAAAUUGAUGCAAAAAAGUAUAUCGAGCUUCUGGAAGCAGAGAUCGAAGAACUCAACCGUCAAGUGGGGAGAAAAUCAGCGAAUCAGCAGAAUGAAAUCUUGGAGUAUCUAAAAUCUCUCGAACCUCAAAAUCUCAAGGAGCUUACAAGCACUGCAGGCGAAGAUGUUGCCGUAGCCAUGAAUACAUUUGUCAAGAGGCUUCUAGCUGUGUCAGACCCUAACCAAAUGAAGACGAAUGUGACAGAGACAAGCGCAGCGGACCUUGCAAAAUUGUUGUAUUGGUUAAUGGUAGUUGGAUAUAGCAUUCGCAAUAUCGAGGUUCGGUUUGAUAUGGAACGCGUGCUUGGUACUCAACCGAAGCUUGCAGAGCUGCCUCCUGGUGAAAUUAUUUGAGCACUGUAAUGAAUAAAAGCGGGGGCUUUUUUUUACCCGAAGAACUCAGAUUUCAUUUGUCAAGUAAUUUUUAUUGUAAAAUUGAUGGAACUCACUUUGAAGAGAAGACGGUAUUGGCUGUUUGCAAUUAGAUCACAGAUUUUGAUUCAGACUCAUAAAUGGCAACUAUGAUCAUUAGGCUUGCAUAAUGAAAUGUAUGGUCUGAUCAACAAAGGAAAAGAACAAUUGAGAAUCAGAGGAAGAAGCUCUGCUUCACUUACGAGAUUCCCAAAUUGCAGACAAAGCUUCAAUUAUGAUCGUUAGGCUUGCAUAAUGCAUAAUGAAAUGUACGGUCUGAUCAACAAAGGAAAAGAUAAACUGAAAAUUAGAGGAAGAAGCUCUCCGUCUCUUAUGAGCUUCUCUACUCAAUUCAUGGGUUCUGUGAAGAUCUAGCUAUUUCUAUGGAUCAAAUUGUGAACUAUCAUGUAUUCUGAUUUUAC